AAGACCCCUCUCUGUCUCUUCCUUUCUCUCUGUAACUCUGCCUCUGAAGUAAAUAUAUAAAUAAAUGUCUUCAUACAGUUUAAGCUAUACUAACCAGAAAAAUAAGUGCUAAAUAUAGUCCAACAUUGCUUGAAGUCAUUAUAUAUAUUUAUUUUACACUUAUGUGUUUUGUGCCUGUUGAAUUAUGAGCCCCUCUGAAGACAGUAAAGGCUGAAACAAACAAAAUAGUACUUAGCAUUCAUAAGACUAAACAAGUAAAAUGAACCUAAAUUUUGAAUCUGGGUUGGUGUAAGGCAAAAGCAGUAUAGCAGGUGGAUUCGGUGAUAUAUGUGAUCUUAAGAGUAUACAUGUCUGGGUACAAGCAAAAAUUCAGACUUUCAAGGCUGUGGAAUUGGUGAGCUUUAAGUCAAGGGCACCUAAUAGUAAAAUGGACUCAGGUCACAUGUGAAUUAUAGAUAGAAAUUUGACAUAGGAUAGGGGAAAGCAUGGAGUUUGAAGAUAGAGUGAAAGGGCUGGGCAAGCAGAUCUACUGGGCUCUAGGAAGGGGCGGGGCUGUGGGCACAUCAUGAUGUCAUCCUCUCUAGCCUCAGAUUCCCUUUGUGACUCAUAAUCUGUGAUGCAGAGCUGGAACUAUAUAGUCAAGGGCUUGAACCCUCAACCCUCAGUUGUCUCUCAGCAGCAUUGCGAUUCAGAUAAUGGAUGGAGUACGUCCUCUCAUUUUUGAAGAGCCAUUCUGAGCUGUGGCUGAGCUUCAGCUCUAUUUUUAUUGAUAGCAGCCUCAACUACACUCUUAUUAGUGGGUUGUGGUUGAUCUUUUUGUACCUGAGCUACCUGGUAUUAAAGCUAUUUUUCACAACCAUCUGGAAAAAGAAGACCACCGAAAAGUGUCGGGGUAGAGCCAAGAGGCGGCAGAAAGGUGGAACAUUUAGAGGUUCAAGGAUUAACAAGAAAGAAGCAGAGGAGGGAUGGAAGCUUCUUUCUGUUUUGAAAAGACCCCAGAGCCAACAUCAAGAUAUCACCAGCUUCCGUCACCUGCUGUGUCCAGACCCUCACUGUACGGUGUGUAACAGAGUGGCUGCCAAAGUCAGUCGACUGCUGUCGCUGGGGAAACUGAUAGAUGAUACUUCCUCUGUGCAUUAUAUGGCUUCCUCAGCUUCUGUGAUUAAGACCUCAUUGACUGUGACAUCUGGCCACUCAAAAACUCAUCCAAGAGGCCAAAAGUCAGCCUCUUUGCGUGUGCCAUCUCCACCUCCCCCUUCUACUGUCUCACUUAACCAUGUUGCUUCUUUACCUGAUUUACUGUCCCCCGACCCACCAGCUGACUCAGUACCAUCAGAGCCUAUUCCUCCCUUGGCUUCAAAACUCCCAGUGGACCCUUUCCCACCCCAACCUGUUGCUCUUUGCCCUCCCACACCACAUCACUCUCAGAGAUCAGAUCAUGAUCUGCAUCCAGAGAUUGCUCUGUCUGUAAUGAAUAGCCCUGAUGGGUUGUCAACUGAUAUUCCAACAGUCAGUGAAAUUGACCAUUCAAUGCCAGAAUCAUCCUGGCAGCAGGACGAGGUCAAGGAUGCCAAAGACUUGUCCUCUUCCAACGUAGAACAAGAUAGUAUCAAGCAUGAGCUUGUUGAUGGCCAAUCUUCUGAGACCUCUUGCACAGAAUGUGCAUCCAACUUUGUAGAACCCACUAACUGCUUGUUACUCAGCCAUGACAAUCUGGCACUCUUGGAGAAACAAGUAAGAAAGAGGGGUGACUUCCUGAUCCAGAAGGAAAGGGAAAAUAAAAUGCAACCAUUUCUAAAACAACUUAGUUCAGACCACCAACUGAAUACUUCAGAGUCAAGUGCUGAUAGACAUGAGUCAGCAGUCAGUCCAGACCACCAACUGUAUAUAUCAGAGCCAAUGGUAGAGUCAGAUGCUGAUAAGCAUGACUCAGCAGUCUCCCUUUAUUUUGGAAACAGCAAAGGCAAACCAGAGGAGCUGCAGAUGAACCAGCAAUACUUUUGGGGUCUUCCAUCUUUGCACAGUGAGUCCUUGUGCUCAAUUAUCCGUCAUUCAGAUGACUGUCCCUCUACUUUGGUCAUCUUUAAUGGAAUCUCCAAAGCUUCCACAUCUCAAGGAUCUUUAGGACUUUCCAAUUUCCAACCUCUGAUCUUGCCUGAGAUCCAAACUCAAUCCUCAACUAAAACUGUCUCCCAAUCACAGUCACAACAUGCUACUCCGGCACAGUCUCAGUCCAACCUUCAAUCUCCAAUCUCAAUGUUACCAACAUCUCCCGAUUUCCAGCUUAGGAUCUGUGGAGUGUGCUUCCAUAGACCUCAUAAUGAGGCACAGUGUCUCAUGCAAUCUGAACUUCAUCAGCUAGAAUACAAUGUGCUACAGAAAGAACAGGAACGUUUGUGGGGUUUACCCUCUGUGGUCAAAACAUCUCGGGAAUACCUUUGUCCUCCCCCUCCCAAUGUUUCAUUGGUGAGCCAGUCCUCCAAAAUCCAUGUUCCAAUCUCCAUCAUUCCUGGAGAUUACCCUCUGAGCAGUGAGCUUCGUAAGAAAUUUGAGUACCACCUUAGAAAGAGACUCAUUCAACACCGAUGGGGCUUACCCCGCAGGGUCAAUGAGUCUCUGACACUGAUUAAUCCUGAGAGAGAUGUUCCUGAAAUACAUGCAUCAAAGAGUCUUCACAGACUCAAAUGGAUAUCUUUGUUGAAGGAACAGAGUAGCAACAAUUUAAGGAAUUCUGAAUCGAGCCAACUUCCAAUCUCCGAUGAGACAAGCUCAGAAGAGUUUCAGUCAGAUAACGAAGAGAAGGACCAUCAGAGACACAGCCCAAAGAAUGGCCCUAGUGAUCAUCUAUUGAGUGACCCAGAAGGAUACUCAGAUAACAGUUUAGGGUCUGACUCUGAGAAAGAUCAAGGAAGUCAUACAGUGAGUCUGUAUGGGAAUGAUUCAAGGGCCUCAGGGAUAAGUAUAAAUCAGAAACAACUAGAAAAUGCACUCAAAGAACAUUUAAAUAAGAAAAGUGAAGAAAUAAAAGAGGGUAGACUUCCUGAGACUGUUCAUAGUUCAUGGCAUGCCCUUAAGCAGACAAUAUCUUUUGCUGAGAAAUCUCACAGUGAAAAACAGAUAGAUGGGGCAUCAUCUGUGAGAAACUUUAACUUGAACACUUCCCAGGAGAUUUAUUUCUUGGCUUCUGGCAAACUAAAGAUGCUGGAAGACCAUAUAAGCAGUUUCUACAUAAGGAUGAAGUAUGGCCUUCCCACCAGGGUCCUUGAAUCCAUACACAUCUUCAGCAACAGAGAGGACUCAUCUUCUUCCUUAGGCCAUUCCUGUUGUUCCUCCCAAGAUUGCCUUAGUUCUGGGAUGCAUUCCAAAGUUAUGGUAUCCAGGUCACUCGGUAGGAGCUCUACAGCUUUGUGUAGAGACAAAUUGAAGAUGAGAAAGUCAGCACCCAAUCUGGAUCAUCUGCUUCCUGCUGAAUCACCUGUUGGGAAGGGAGGACAGGGGGACCUGAGACCACUGUCCCCAAAGGGAAAACAGGAGCUUUAUGGCAGACAGACUUGUCCGUGCAUCACAGACAAAGAAAUUAAGAAAGAGACUGGACCAGACAAUAGACACAGCCCAGUGCUGGUGUCCACAAGUCAUGAUGGGACUGGACCUGAGCCAAAGGAUAAGAGAGUGAGUUCCAGCAACAAAGAAAGGCUUCAGGCUCCCAAAGUAAAGACUUCAGAAUACUUCCCAAGGUUUAACAAGUCUAGAGAGAUAUUUAAGGCAAAGGAGCUCCUUGCUCUUCGAUCAAAAUCUGCCAAUGCUUUGACAACCAGCAAGUCAGGGGACUUUGCAGCAGUAGAUGAGAAAACAAAGAAAGAAAAAACUACCCUGGCUACUGAAAUUCCCUCACCAACAUCAGUUUCCCAGGAUCCUAAACUAUCAGACUUUAGAAAGCACUUGCUGAGUGAAUUAAAGUCAAAAUUGGAGGACAGGGAUCAUAGCCCUGUUCAAGGCCAGUCCACAGAUACGGCUGAUGCCUCAGAUAACUUGAUUUCCAAAACCUUGCUGACUCAUGCCCAGGGUGUCUCCAAUGGGAACAUGGCAGGUUCUCAGGUUAUGCAUGCACAUUUGGACAACACACCAGUCAGCAUGGAACAGCAUCAGGAGCCCUGGGUCCCUAAGCAUAUCUUGCAGAACUGCUGGGAUAAGAAUGUCCCUCCAAAUUCAAAGAGACUGCAUCAUUUGCGACCAAAAACAGGAGAGCUUGGUGAAGGGGAUGCAGGGUUGGGGACACCACAACCCAGUAGGAAGAGCUGCCCUGGUCAAGACAGGGCAUUGAAGAAGAUGUUUGGAAGCAGAUCUUCCCCAACCUCGUCACUGAAGGAUCAGCCUCCUCCUGAAAAUCUGUUCCAAAAACAGAUAAAAAAAUGUUUGCAAUGGAUUUGUCCUAGCAGCACAAACAAAGGGCAAGAAAGUUUCCUUGGAAAGGGGACUUCCCUACCAUCGUCUGUGCAGAGCCAAAGCAAAGUUAAUAGUAGAGCUGCCUCUACUGGCAACACCAAAACUCUGCAAGUGAAGACACACAUUGGCAAGGUGUUAGAUGUGAAACCAGGGAGUAGCCAUGGUGUCAGAAUCACCUGCCCCCAAGAAUCACGUUUCUCUCCGACAAAGCCUGUGAAAACUCUUAAGGCACAAUUGCAGGCCCAGGCAGAUACUGUCCAGGGACAUCCUUUUAACUAUAAAGCUUCUUCCUAUAAUGUGAAAAGUACCAAGGCAUGUAGCCAAAAAGCACCCUUGGCUGACCAAAAUUACCCAUUGAAGAAUGUACUGACCACAGACAGGGUGAGACGGUCCCAGAAAGUCGUGGCAUUCAAGGAUCAGCCACUAUCGCAGAGGCAUCUGGCAUCCAUGCCCAACAAAGAGUUCCUGCCCCAUCCAAACCAUACCUGCAGGCAUCUAGCCAGCCAGGUGUCUCAAACCACACCUACAUUUUCUGAAGGCACUGUAUUGGGAGAUCUGUCUCUACUCUUCAAACAUAAAAUGCUCCUGCAGCAUUUCCAGGGUGGAAGAUUUCUUCCUCCAAAAUAGUUUAUCCCUUGUUGAACACACUGAUUUUCCACAAUAAAUAUUCUAAAGAU